AUGAUAAACCAUUUUUAUCACCUUCGUCUCGCAGGUACUAAUAUUCUGGUCACAGCUGGAGUGAUACUCUUCAUUGUUGGGUUCUUCCGUGGCCGACCUCUGAUUCCACAUCACACAUCAUUCGAUGUUGGCAAUCGUAUAAAUGAUGUUUCCGCAGCCGCUCCCUUUGACAAGAUCAUUUUUAUGAUGGUCGAUGCUCUCCGAAGCGACUUUGUGUACGCAGAGGGUACUGGCUUCGAAUACACUCGAAGCCUCAUUCGAUCGGGCGCGGCCAUACCAUACACUGCGCGCGCAGCCUCGCCCACCUUGACGCUCUCCCGCGUAAAAGCCUUGACUCAGGGAACAAGUCAGUCCUUCUUGGAUAUUUGGCUGAACGUAUUUGAAUCAGAAAGUGCUAGAAGUCUUGUAGGAGCAGACACAUGGCUGUCUCGACUGAAGACAGAAAUAGAUCUGGACCGAAAGAUGGUAUUUUAUGGCGCCGAUCUUUGGCUCGACAUAUACUCCGAUAUUUUCGAUAGAUUUGAAGGAACCGACGCUUGGUACCUUCCUGAGUUCACAACCGUUGACAGCAACGUCACUCGACAUCUACCCCAUGAGCUCGACAAAGAUGACUGGAAAGCACUCGUGCUGCACUAUUUGGGACUGGAUAACAUUGCACAUCAAGGAGGUCCAUCUGGCGCGCACAUGUUACCAAAACAAGCUCAAAUGGACAGCGUCGUAAAGCUCGUAUAUACUGCCCUAAAAACGAAGCCCCAUCUCAGCAAUACGCUCUUCGUCAUGCUUGGGGACCACGGUAUGACAGACCAAGGGAACCAUGGAGGUGGCUCCCCAGGCGAAAUCUCUGCCGCCAUGGUUUUCAUAUCUCCGAAGCUAAAUUCUAUCUCGCAUGGGAUGAGAAGCCCUGUCCCACCAACGAAGAGCUUUGAGUACCAUUCCGUCAUCAGCCAGGUCGACUUUGUCCCGACGCUGGCAGGACUGAUGGGGUUCGCAACCCCAGCCAGAAGCUUGGGUGUAUUUGUGCCAGAAUUCUUGGACCUGUUCGACAAGCCCGAAGACAGGCUUAAAAUACUCUCUAACAACGCUCAGCAGCUCGAGUUCCUGCUAAGAUCCCAGUAUGACAUUUCUAACAUGAGCACUGUAUACUGCACCGAGCAGUGCAGUGCAUGUUCAGACGAUCUCAGCGGAGCGGUUUGCUGGCUGGAGAAGUUCAAAGUCAACAAGCAAAGCCAAUAUGUCUUGGAACCAGAAGCCAUCGAAGCGGUUAAACAAAUUACACGCAAUUUCUGCAUCCAUGCACAGAGGCUUCUUAACAUUCCUCCCAACAACCCGAGCCAUAUAUAUCUUGCAGCAAGUAUCGCUACGCUCAGCAUCUCGAUGCUACUGCUGUUACGGAUGUAUUUGUCGUCGAAAACACCGCACGAUCACGAUGUGUGGGUAUUCGGAUCGAUAAUGAUCUUCUACGCCCCUACGAUGUUCAUAGACCAACUAGUCGUUGAGGAGCACCACUAUUGGUAUUCUGUGUCAACGCUAUGGCUCGCCUACCUUGGCUUUCAGAGGAUGAACGCUGGCGAACGUUGGUUCAAGGCUAUUGUUUACCCUGUUGCACUUCAAUUCAUCAGUCAAAGCCUUGACGAGGCAACGAACCCACAAUUAUCCAUCGUCAACUACGUUCACGACCUUUUUUCCGGCCACCAAGUUCUAUAUUGGAUCCCAGGCUUGUUGAUAUAUGUCUCAGCCAUGUCCAGUGUAACAAAUUAUCUUGGCCUAGGCUCAGCGACAUCAAUGCUAGCGUCGACUGCUUUGUGCGCUGUGGCGAUACUGUCCCGCCUAUCAGCAUCUUUACGCCUUAGCCCUGACUCUCUAGACAUUACACCAUCUUGGUUCAAACAUUUCGUCUCAAGCAUCAGUCGUAACGAGAGUUUGAACAUUUUCUGGAUUGGACUGGGUGCGUGCUUCGUGGCUGUUGUCAUUCAGUCCAGAAUGUCGGGUCGCUUCAGCCGAAAAGCUACAGUUGCUGGAGUCGUUGAGUUGGCUAACUUAUACCUCCGUUCGUUGGCUCGGCCAAAGCAUCUCGUAUUGUUCCCGAUCUUCGACCUUCAGCUGCAGUGGCUUUUAUCCUCUAAACUCCAAUUGGACCCGUCCGGUAUCGCGGUGACAUCGCUCCUCCUCGGACAAAGUGCCUUUUUUGCAAGUGGUCAUAGCAACUCCUUCGCCUCAUUCGAUCUCACGAACGGUUUUAAUGGUAUUGAGACAUCACGCGCAGUUGUAGUAGCCAUACAAGCUCUUCUCAGCAACUAUUUUGGGCCCGUGUGGUGGUCGCUAUCGAGUCUGCGACUGCUGGUGGCCUGGACUGAAGGCCGCAACGUCCCUACCAACAGCUCAUCAAACACCUCCACUUUUUUCGACGACAUUGUAAAGGCAGAUUCGGGUCCUACAAACCGCAAGCCCGACUAUUCUAAUGGAUCUGCACAUGGUGUCGUUGAGGGAGAUUUCGAUGAGAAGGAACACGGCAAGCACUCUAUAGACAGUCAUACCGAGACCCCGCACGGCGCCCCACAGGGUGUUGGUUUGAACACCGAGGCCAACGGCCACCUCAGUAGUUUCCACACGUAUCGUGUAGCUUCGGCACAACUGUCCACGGAUAGGUUGCAAAGAGAUGUCUCAACGACGCAAGUGCGACAUGCGCGGAAUGGCUUCGUUGAGCAUCUCAUUCUGCAGACCAUGUUCACGGCGACGACCUCACUGUUGGUAGUGCUGGCCUGCAUCUGGAAGAGAAAUGACCCGUCAAUUUGGACUGUGCUCACACCAAAGUGCUUGAACACCAUCUUGUGGGCUGUGUUCCAGCAACUGAUGGUCAACUCAAUACUGUGUACUACGGUCUGGCUGGUGGUGGUUACGUAG